GAUUUUACAAUAGAUCCUCUUACACAUAUCCUGCCACUUCUUUAUUUAAAGAAUGAUCCAGAAAUGAUGGUUUCUAUUGCUCGUACUUUUAAGGCAUUAAAAACCACUCUUGGUGAGCUAAAAAAUUAUUAUUCGGAAUUUCAAGUAACACAACACAUUGAUAAUUUAAAUCUUCAACGACCAGCUAGUUUUCCUUAUCCUUCUUCAUUUAAAAUGGAUGAUAACAGUAAUAUCAAAUUUAUUUAUAAAGAUCAACUUUGUGAUGGUAAAUUAAUUUUUAGAGUACAAGGACAAAAUGGAGAAUUUAAAGAUAAGUGGAUGGUAGUAAAAUUCACACAAAAAUAUUGCAAAGAGGUUCACAAAUUCUGUGAAAAAAAAGAAAUUGCACCUGAACUUUUUGCAUUUAAUAAUCUUUCUGGAAGUUGGAAAAUGAUUGUUAUGGAGUACUUAUCUGAUAAUAAGUAUAUUAAUCUUUACAGUCUUCUAAAAGAAAAAAGAGAAAAUCAGAAAGAUUUACAACAAAAAGCAAUAGAUGCUGCAAAACUUUUACAUUCUGGAAAUUAUGUGCAUGGUGAUCUUCGAGCAUCUAAUAUUAUGAUUUCAAUUGAUAUGAAACAUAUAAAGAUUAUUGACUUUGAUUGGAGUGGAAAAGUAGAUCAUGCUAUUUAUCCACAUUUUGUUAGUAAAAUCUUACCUUGGCAUCCAGAUGUUGAUUGUGAAAAACCAAUUGCUAAAGAACAUGAUUUAUAUCUUUUAAAGAAAUCUAUAGAAAGUAAUCCUUUUUAA